CCUCUUAUUACCUAUCAAAGAACUAAAGAUGGCAGAGAGUUUUCGCAUGGCCGUUGCAGUUCUUGGGAACGCUGCUUCAGUAGCCCUUUAUGCUGCUCCAACGGUUACUUUCAAAAGGGUCAUAAGGAAGAAAAGCACAGAGGAGUUUUCAUGUCUUCCUUACAUCGUCGGACUCCUGAACUGUCUCCUUUUCACUUGGUAUGGCUUGCCUGUUGUGAGCUACGGAUGGGAAAAUUUCCCUCUGGUCACAGUCAAUGGCUUCGGGAUUGUUCUUGAGUUAUCUUACGUUCUCAUCUACUUCUGGUAUGCUUCCGCAAAAGGAAAGGUGAAGGUGGCCUUGACGGCGAUACCAGUUAUCGCAGUGUUUUGUAUCAUCGUUAUCGUCUCAACCUUUGCCUUCCAUGAUAGUCGACACCGAAAGCUUCUUGUGGGUAGCAUUGGCCUUUGUGUUUCAGUCGCAAUGUAUGCUUCUCCUCUGGUUGUCAUGAAGAAAGUUAUACAAACGAAGAGCGUGGAAUUCAUGCCAUUGCCAAUAUCGUUGUGCUCAUUCCUGGCUGGCGUCCUCUGGUUGACCUACGGACUUCUGAUCCGUGAUAUAUUCGUUGCGGGACCAAGCGUGGUUGGUGUUCCCUUGGCCAUUCUGCAGCUUGUACUACACUGCAAGUACUGGAAAAGAAAAGUUACAGAAGAACCAAACGGUCUGAACCUGGAAAAGGGAGAUGUGGCGGUAGAAAAGGAAGGCUCAGAAAUGGUGGAUUUGGAAAAAGGAGAAUUGGAAAUGAAGAUGACAAAUGAUCCAAGCAUAGGCUCAGAAAUAAUGGCGGAUGUGGAAAAAAGAGGACCAGAAAUAACGAACAUGACAAAUGAUCCAAGCAAGAUCAACUCCUAAUCAACGACGACAAGGCUGAAAAGUUUAGAAAAUUUUGCCCAGAUAUUGGGUUUCAUGUUUGGGUCCCCCAAAAUAAAGAUGUCUUCUUUAUUUUUCAGAGCUAGUCAGCUAGUAUUUUCAUCACUGUAUUUAUCCCAUAAAUUCAGUGUCCUCCCUAAUACAAGAAGUCAUGCCUAGUUUCCCUGAGAACUGGUUUUGCCACCCCGCUCAAGUUUCCGACGCAUGGCUUGCUUGUAUUACGGAGUAUACUUGCCAAAUAAUAUCAAUGACAUUCAAAUUCUACA